AUGAGACUCAAAGCUACUCGCGACACUGGUCAUGCCGUAGCCGCUGUGCUAUCGGAUGCCAAUUGGGUGGUCUCUCUUGUUGAUAGCAACGAAAUCCAAGGACAAGAAGCGGCUGCCAAAAUAAGAGCGAGUUUCCACAGAGCUGACAUCCGGGACUGGGCUUCGUUGAGCACUGCUUUCGAUCAGACGGUGCAUAAGCACGGUCGGCUGGAUUUUGUCUUCGCAAAUGCCGGGGUUACGGACCCAAGAAUGUUUUAUGAUUCCCAUUCCAGCACGCCCCCUCCGGAACCCGACUUCUCCUUGCUGGACAUCAAUCUCAAAGGCACUGUCAACACCGCGUACCUGGCACAGCACUACUUCCGCGUGACCAGGCAAGCCCUACAACAAGGCGUCAGGGAUUAUGACCCGAGCUUGAUCUUCACAUCCUCCAUCGCCGCACUGACUGCCAUACCUGAGGUGCCCAUCUACUCCGCGGCCAAAAGCGGCAUUGUCGCGUUUGCGCACGCGAUAGCUCCUCCGUUCUUCCAGAAGGAUGGGAUCCGUGUCUCGUCCAUCUGCCCCGGUAGGGUCAUGACCCCCAAGAGGCUUCUCUCCGGCGGCGCGUCCCAAGGCCAGAUUGUUCCCAUGGAAAUGGUGUGCGAGGCUGUUCUGGCCCUCCUAAAACAGGAUGGGGGGUUUGAUCGCUGCCUUAAGAUCUUGCCGGAUGGUAUUUCGGACGUUGAGACACCUUCUCUCAACAACAAUAAGUCCCAGGAGCUCUCCAGAUCUGAAGAAAGAGACAAGGCGCAUCAGGGACAAAAUUAA